GUUCAGAGACGAUUAUUGCAACUCACAACCCGCUUGCCUCAAUCAUACCUACGUAUUAGAAGCUACAACCACCGGUGACUAAAUAAGUCACAAAUAAACACUGGUUUCAAACAAAGACAAGGCGAUCAGAAACACUGAGAAGCAGUACAUCAUCUUUACAACCAGCAGCCAUUUUACGACGAACGUAUUAGUACGAAGAUAAAGAUAUUAGUGAUUUGACAAAUCGGCGAUAUCAGGAUGGAGUGGCAGCCAGACGAACAGGGAUUGCAGCAGGUGCUGCAGCUCCUAAAGGACUCGCAGUCUCCAGACACGGCCACACAGAGGGCUGUGCAAGAGAAACUUGAGCAGCUGAACCAGUACCCUGACUUCAACAAUUACCUGAUCUUUGUCCUCACCAGUCUGAAGUCUGAAGACGAGCCAACUCGCUCCCUCAGCGGUCUGAUCCUGAAGAACAAUGUGAAGGCUCACUACCAGAACUUUCCACCGGCCGUGGCAGAUUUCAUCAAGCGAGAGUGUCUGAACAACAUCGGUGAUCCGUCCCCGCUCAUCCGAGCCACUAUUGGUAUUCUGAUCACCACCAUCACCACCAAGGGGGAGCUGCAGACAUGGCCUGAGCUGCUGCCCCAACUCUGUAACCUGCUCAACUCUGAGGACUACAAUACCUGUGAGGGCUCUUUCGGUGCACUGCAGAAGAUCUGUGAGGACUCCUCUGAGCUGCUGGAUAGUGAUGCACUCAACCGGCCCCUCACCAUAAUGAUCCCCAAGUUCCUGCAGUUCUUUAAGCACUACAGCCCCAAGAUCAGAUCUCAUGCCGUUGCCUGUGUUAAUCAGUUCAUUAUCAGCCGAGCACAGGCUCUCAUGGACAACAUCGACACCUUCAUUGAGAGUCUGUUUGCAUUGGCGGGUGACGAGGACUCUGAGGUGAGGAAGAACGUGUGCCGAGCCCUGGUGAUGCUGCUGGAGGUCCGAAUCGACAGGCUCAUCCCCCAGAUGCAUAGCAUCAUCCAGUACAUGCUCCAGCGCACCCAGGACCCUGAUGAGAACGUGGCUCUGGAGGCCUGUGAGUUCUGGCUCACCCUCGCGGAGCAGCCCAUCUGUAAAGAGGCGCUGUCAGGCCAUCUCGUCCAACUCAUUCCUAUCCUUGUGAAUGGAAUGAAGUAUUCUGAGAUCGACAUCAUCCUUCUGAAGGGUGAUGUGGAGGAGGAGGAUGAGACGGUCCCUGACAGUGAGCAGGACAUUAAGCCCCGCUUCCAUAAGUCCCGCACCAUCACCCUGCAGCACGAGGGCGGGGAAGGGGAGGAGGGCGAGGACAUUGACGAAGAUGAAGACGAUGACGAUGACACGCUGUCUGACUGGAACCUGCGUAAAUGCUCCGCGGCUGCCCUUGACGUGUUGGCCAACGUGUUCCGUGACGACCUGCUCCCCCACCUGCUGCCCCUGCUGAAGGGUCUGCUCUUCCACCCUGACUGGGUCAUCAAGGAGUCUGGCAUCCUGGUCCUGGGUGCCAUCGCAGAGGGUUGCAUGCAGGGUAUGGUGCCGUACCUGCCGGAGUUGAUCCCCCACCUGAUCCAGAGUCUGUGUGACAAGAAGGCUCUGGUGCGCUCCAUCGCCUGCUGGACGCUCAGCCGCUACGCCCACUGGGUGGUGAGCCAGCCUCCGGACGCCAGCCUCAAGCCCCUCAUGACCGAGCUGCUCAAGCGCAUCUUGGACGGGAACAAGAGGGUGCAAGAGGCCGCCUGCAGUGCGUUCGCCACCCUGGAGGAGGAAGCCUGCACAGAACUGGUGCCCUACCUCAGCUUCAUCCUGGACACGCUGGUGUUCGCCUUCGGGAAGUACCAGCACAAGAACCUCCUCAUCCUGUACGACGCCAUCGGAACGCUGGCGGACUCCGUGGGCCACCACCUCAACCAGCCGGAAUACAUCCAGAAGCUUAUGCCGCCCCUCAUUCAGAAAUGGAACGAGCUGAAGGACGAGGAUAAGGAUCUCUUCCCCCUGCUCGAGUGUCUGUCGUCUGUGGCCACAGCGUUGCAGAGCGGCUUCCUCCCCUACUGUGAGCCUGUGUACCAGCGCUGUGUUACUCUGGUGCAGAAGACUCUGGCCCAGGCUAUGAUGUACAGCCAGCAGCCCGACCAGUACGAGGCCCCGGAUAAGGACUUCAUGAUCGUGGCCCUGGACCUGCUGAGUGGGCUGGCUGAGGGCCUGGGGGGCCACGUGGACCAGCUGGUCUCCCGCAGUAACAUCAUGACCCUGCUCUUUCAGUGCAUGCAGGACACCAUGCCGGAGGUGAGGCAGAGCUCCUUCGCUCUGCUUGGUGACCUGACCAAGGCCUGCUUCCCUCACGUCAAGCCUUGCAUUGCUGAGUUUAUGCCCAUACUGGGGACUAAUCUUAAUCCAGAGUAUAUCUCUGUGUGCAACAACGCCACCUGGGCUAUUGGAGAGAUCUGCAUGCAGAUGGGUGUGGAGAUGCAGCCUUACGUGGCUCUGGUCCUCACUCCUCUUGUGGAAAUCAUCAAUAGACCCAACACUCCCAAGACCCUCCUGGAAAACACUGCCAUUACUAUUGGCCGCUUGGGCUACGUGUGCCCGCAGGAGGUCGCUCCUAUGUUGCAGCAGUUCAUCCGGCCCUGGUGCACAUCAUUACGUAACAUCCGGGACAAUGAGGAGAAGGACUCCGCCUUCCGGGGGAUCUGCGUUAUGAUUGGUGUGAACCCAGGAGGGGUGGUGCAGGACUUUAUUUUCUUCUGCGACGCGGUGGCUUCCUGGGUGAGCCCUAAAGACGACCUGAGGGACAUGUUCUAUAAGAUCCUGCACAGCUUUAAGGAGCAGGUGGGAGAGGAGAACUGGCAACAGUUCUCCGAGCAGUUCCCCCCCAUCCUGAAGGAGAGGCUGGCUGCCUGCUAUGGUGUCUAGAUGCUCUCUUACCCUGCCGGCACGGGACGCUUGUGUCAGAUUUAACCUUUAGGAGGGUUACCGGGGGGAAACUCAUCCAUCUGUGUAUUGCACUGCCCUGAUUGUGGGGGAGAGGGACGUGAUUGGCCGCUCCACCUGACGGACAGACCCCACACCCUAUGUGUGUCCAUGUGGGUGGGUGGGUGGGAGGGGGGAGGGGACUCCUCUAGAUAACUGUGGAAAGAACCCAUUAUGGGGAUCUAAAACGUAGGGAAAGACAAAAUGUAGGGAAAGAAGACAGGAAAAUAAAGAGAGAGAGGGAGGGAGGGAGGUAGGUUAAGGCAAGCUUGUUUAAAAAUAAAAAGUAUAUCAGCCUGUGCUGGGAUGGAACACAAACACAGCAAAUACAAACACUUUUUAAUCUGAGGCAACAACAAAACAUGAGAGGACGCGCUCAGAUCCAAAUCUCGGGAUAAAGUACAGAAACACAUACAUAUAUCCUUUUAGAUGAUGUGCUCAGAUCCAAAUCUCGGGAUAAAAACCACACGUAUAUAUAUCCUUCAGGCCUCGACGCAUCACAUUUACCGUACAUGCGUUCAAAACCAGGCCAACCAGAAUCAAGCAUAGCCACUUGCAAUAAGAAGUAUCAUGCAGUGGGGGGCGCUGUCUUAAUGUUAAACUAAUUCUGUUGCAUGGGAGAGACUUGCCGUGGGGUGUAGGUGUGUUUUGUAUUUGUGUGUACACACACACACACUUACAUGCAUAUGGAAGGGCAAAAAAGAGAGAAAGAUGUGUUGUAUUGUCUCUUCUUUUUGGGAAGGAACUGAAGUAAGUGAGGGCGGGAGGGAGGGAGGGAGGGCGGGGGAUUCAAGGGCUCGGUAUGGGAACACCUCAUCAUUUGGACUUUGGACUGCUUCACCACGGUCUCUUCUCCUUCUUUCUAUCUUCUCUGUGCACAUACUCCAGGGCCCUCUGGGAUCCACCACGCCAUGAUGGGGGGUUAGUUCUCUCCCUGUCCUCUCCGGCGUUAGUGAGAAUACUGUAACUUUCUUCUCCAGACCAUAUGCAUUAGCAGCAGCUGCACCAUCACUUCUAAGGGUCUAGCUACAUAUUGAGGGGGGGGGGAGGGAGGGAGGGAGGGAGGUACCGCUGUAACAUCAUGUCACAUCAUGUCAUGUCACAUGUUCUCUGUGCAUCAGUGUUUUGACUUGUGCCUGUGGCGUCUAACCAGUUUUAAGUGUUUUUUGCUUUGUAUCGUUAGGUUUUUACUUUUCUCUCUUGUUUACUUUUUGUUGUUGUUGUGUUAUUAUGGGAUAUGUAUUGUUUUAAGGUACUUGACUCCUACACCCCUUGUCUCCUAGCGACCUGUAAACUGUGACCAACUGUGUGUAUGUGUAUGUGCGUGUGCGUGUGCGUGUGUGUGUGUGUGUGUGUGUGUGUGUGUGUGUGUGGGAGAGCGAGAUGCAUUGAUAGUACGGAAAAAAAAGGAAGGUGAGAGCAUGAUUGUGCAAAUAUAUUUGUAUUGAUACCUAUUGAUGCCAUAAGGACAUUUGGUAUAGUGACGGUCACCAUGGUGAUUCAAAUCGAACAUAGUUUUACUCAAUGAACUUUUUUUUUUUUAAUAUUUUGUUUUGCUGCUACUGUUUAAUUUUUCCGCAAGUGAAUAAAAUAUCACAAUACUUAACUAAAACAAUCCAUGAGUAAUCUGAUGGUUUACCAUUAUGCACUUUUUAAUUUUAUUUUCUAUGUCGGUUUUUUUUUUUUGGUUUUUGCAAAUUUACUGAUAGGUGACAACAGGAUAGUCCACCAUUUUUUGCCUUGUUUGUUUUGUAUGGUGUAAGAUGUGAAAUGUCUGUGUUUGCUGGGGAAAACAAGUCAAAUUAAAAGCCCUGUUAGACAGAUGCUCCAUGCUUUGUACAUUUCUGUGAUGAAGCAUCAGCUCUCAAAUACAAUCAGACUUUUCUCUCAACAGACAAAAUAAAAACAAUUUUCUACCAAGAA